AUGAGAGGUCAACGAUCAACGGAGCCACUUCCGCUCUUCACCAUCCAGCAAAAGCCUCCACGGCCCAUGCCUCUCACCACAGCCACCAAGGCGCCACAGCAACAUCAACACAGCCAAGGCGCCACAGCAAGACCUAUACAGCCAAAGGCACCACAGCAAAACCAAUACAACCGUGGCGCCACACCAACACCAACACAGCCGUGGCGCCACAGUAACACCAAUAUAGCCGUGGCGCCACACAACACCAAUAUAGCCGUGGCGCCACAGCAAUACCAAAACAGCCGUGGCGCCACAGCAACACCAACAGAGCCGUGGGGCCACAGCAACACCAACACAGCCAAGGCGCCACAGCAACACCAACACACAAUACCAACACAGCCGUGGCGCCACAGCAACACCAACACAGCCAAGGCGCUAAAACAACACCAAUACAGCCAAGGCGCCACAGCAACAUCAACACAGUCAAGGCACCACAGCAAGACUAAUACAGCUAAGGCACCACAGCAAGACCAAUACACCCGUGGCGCCACAGCAACACCAACACAGCCGUGGCGCUACAGCAACACCAACACAGCCAAGGCGCCACAGCAACACCAAUACAGCCAAGGCGCCACAGCAACACCAACACAGCCAAGGCGCCACAGCAACACCAACACAGUCAAGGCGCCACAGCAAGACCAACACAGUCAAGGCGCCACAGCAACACCAACACAGUCAAGGCGCCACAGCAACACCAACACAGCCAAGGCGCCACAGCAACACCAACACAGUCAAGGCGCCACAGCAACACCAACACAGCCAAGGCGCCACAGCAACACCAACACAGCCAAGGCGCCACAGCAAGACCAACACAGUCAAGGCGCCACAGCAAGACCAACACAGCCAAGGCGCCACAGCAAGACCAACACAGCCAAGGCGCCACAGCAAGACCAACACAGCCAAGGCGCCACAGCAAGACCAACACAGUCAAGGCGCCACAGCAAGACCAACACAGCCAAGGCGCCACAGCAAGACCAACACAGCCAAGGCGCCACAGCAAGACCAACACAGCCAAGGCGCCACAGCAAGACCAACACAGCCAAGGCGCCACAGCAAGAUGAUGUCCUGACCACACUUCAGCCUGACAACACGAGAAGCUUUGGAGUCACAGCAUUGCCUCGGGACAAGCUGACCGUUCACUGUAGAUUGCACGCUCAUAAUGCAUUUUGA